AUGACCUGCCUCUCCCCCUCCCACCGCCAUCUUCGAAGCCCAGCAUUCCUCUUGGGUCUGCUGUUUCUCCUCCAAUGGGGACCUUUGGGGAGCAGGGGUCAGAACGACACAGAGCCAAUAGUGUUGGAGGGAAAGUGUCUGGUUGUUUGUGACUCCACUCCCUCUGCCGAGCCGUCAGGAAAUGCUCUGGGCAUGUCGGUGAGGUCUGGGACUGGUCGCGUGGCAUUCUCUGCCAUCCGGAACACCAACCAUGAGCCAUCUGAGAUGAGCAACCGUACAAUGACCAUCUACUUUGACCAGAUUUUAGUGAAUGUGGGCAGCCAUUUUGAUCCAGCGAGGAGCGUCUUUGUGGCUCCCAGAAAAGGAGUCUACAGUUUCAGCUUUCACGUGGUCAAAGUUUACAACCGGCAGACAAUACAGGUCAGCCUGGUUCUUAAUGGCUGGCCGGUGAUCUCAGCCUUCGCGGGGGACCAGGAUGUGACCCGGGAGGCCGCCACCAAUGCCGGUCUGGUCAUAAUGGAGAGAGGGGACAAGGCUUACCUCAAAUUGGAGCGGGGGAACCUCAUGGGUGGGUGGAAGUACUCCACCUUCUCUGGGUUUCUGGUGUUCCCUUUGUAG